AUGAACAUUUUGGAUAGUUAUCGUGAAAAUGCAAUGAAAGUGGUGAAAGAUUUGGAACCGAAAUUGAAUUCAGUCCAUUUGUCAUGUGACAUAGAUACUAGUCAGCUGCGUGAUGAAGGAACAGCGGAAGUUGAACUAACACUGUUAUCAAGUCAAAUGGAAAAUGCAUUUUCAUCGAAGACAUGGUUUCCGGAGUUAAAGAACACACUUGAAUCCAGAUCUGUCGGUAUAGACAGUACAUGGAUAACCGAGCCAAUCAUACCACCUGUAACAGAACCAAAUGGAAAUGGUGGUGAAGAGGGACCAUCAAGUGAGUGA